AAGGGAGCUGGCAUGGGAGCUUAUGUGUGAGAACUGCGAAGUUGCCCAGGCCGGGAGUGCAGGCAGAACAGGAGUGGCUGUGCCUUGACAGGCACCCGUGGCCAGUUCCCGAGGAUCGCUGGCUUCGGUGCUCUUCUCCUCUGGACUCUAGAUGCAAGUUUUCUUGCCUUCAGGAGUUGACUCGUCAUCUUUUAAAAGGCAGAUGUCUGCUUCCAGAAUAGGCUCCCUCUUGCCUUUUUUUUUCUUCUUUCUCUGAGCUGCCUUGAAGAAUCUAAUAAUGGGGCAGACACGCUACUCAAGACCGGUAAAUCCAGCUCCCUCGGCUGAGGAAGUGGAUCAUCCGCUGAGUGAUGGUGGGAUGGGAGCUGAUGUCCUGGAAUCCGGAGACACUACACCUCCAUCCAAGAGGAAAAGCAAGUUUGCUGGCUUUGGAAAGAUCUUUAAACCUUGGAAGUGGAGGAAAAAGAAAGCCAGUGGCAAGUUCAAAGAGACUUCAGAAGUUUUAGAACGAAAGAUUUCAAUGCGAAAGCCAAGAGCGGAGCUCAUUGAAAGAGGGGUUCUAUUUGAAGACCCUGAACAGGAUGGAGAAGAGCCAGACAAAAUUACCCACAUGGCACUGAAAAACGGGCACACAAUCCCCAUCGACUGUUCUGGGAUCACCGGCCUAGGACACCUCGAGGAAGAGCCUGGGAGAAGGUCAAGCCUUAAGAAGACCAUUCCAUCGGAGGAACCAAAGAAAUCACAAGGAUUGUCCAGCGGUCAUCUCAAUUCGGAACUGGCGCCCUAUCCUGAUCCUCACGCCCCCAAGCAACCUUUGCUUCCUCCCAAACGGCCAUUGUCACAGCCAUCUUCCCAGGAGGCGAGCGACACACACGUACAGGAUCUCAUCCCUAUCAGUGCUGCAAGGACUAUGCCUUCUUCUACAGUGGCAGCGACCAGCGGCAUGGCAAAGGGGACCAAUUUUUCCACUGCUCCUUCCCCAGCCCCCAGGACUGUGCCCCCGGCUCUCUCAAAUGCUUCCACUCUUGUUCCUGUGAGCACUACCAACACAGCCCCUGCCAAACAGCCCCCCAUCCCGCCUCCAAAGCCAGUUAAUAGGAAUAGCAACCCUUUAAUGGUUGAGUUGUCUCAAGCAAUUAGUGGUGGCUCAGCUUUGCAGAAACCUUCUCCGCCUUUGCCUCCGAAAAGAGGCAUCCCACUGAACGUGUCUUCGUCGCUUGAAAUGGCUGCUGCCCCCAAGUCGCCCAGCGACAGGAUCAUGCCCUCAUCCCAUCGCCCUUCCUCGAUACCCGGGCACAUGAUGCUGCCACAUCCUCCACCCUCUCCGUCGCCCCCUCUGCCUGCUCAUGUUCCUCCUGAACCCCAACAUGCCCCAUUGCCUACUUCCAUCCAUGGGGUAGACCUCCCGCUUUCCUCUGAACUGCCAAUGGAGGCCCACCAAGAUGGGCUGUUGAAUCUGGAUGUGGCCAGAAGGGCCACUGAGCAUGGCUUUGGAGAGCCUCACGUGCCUUCGCGGCUGCCCCAGAUCCCUCUGCACAUUCUUAUUCAGCAGGCUCUCACAAGCCCCUUGCCGGCAACCCCACCUGGGGAAGGGUCACAUCGGGCUCAUUCGCUGCUCUUUGAAAAUAAAGGCACCUUCGAGGAUAAUGGCACCGUAGGCCGGACGAGAUCACUUCCGGUGACCAUCGAGAUGCUGAAAGUUCCAGACGAUGACGAAGAGGCAGAGGAUGUCCGAGAAGACGUGCACCAUCCCAGUUCCCACGUUUACAUCGGGGAGGACCCAGUGGUCACAGUCAUCCCCAGGCUAGUGCUGCAGACGGUGCAGGAUGAAGAGGAGGGGCCCAGUGACUCGGACUCCGAGGGCCCCAUUCUGUACAAGGAGGAGGAGGAGGAGGAGGAGGAAGACGACGACGAAAGCCACAACAGUGCGCUAGCCAACAAGGUCAAGAGGAAAGAUACCCUUGCCAUGAAACUGGGCAACAUGGCCCCACGGCAGGAGUUACCAGAGGAGAAUGUUUUUCCUCGGAAGAGCAAGGAGGAGUGGAAUGAAAUACGACAGCAGAUUGGGACCACGUUGAUCAGGCGAUUAAGUCAGAGACCAACUGCAGAAGAACUGGAGCAAAGGAACAUCCUUCAGCCAAAAAAUGAGGCUGACCGGCAGGCAGAAAAGCGGGAAAUCAAACGGAGGCUCACCAGAAAGCUUAGCCAAAGGCCCACGGUGGCUGAGCUGCAGGCAAGGAAGAUCCUGAGGUUUAACGAGUAUGUUGAAGUAACAGAUGCUAAUGACUAUGACAGGCGAGCAGACAAGCCCUGGACAAAAUUGACGCCAGCUGACAAGGCUGCCAUCCGAAAGGAGCUGAACGAAUUCAAAAGCUCUGAAAUGGAAGUCCACGAAGAUAGCAAGCAAUUCACUCGGUAUCAUCGGCCAUGAAUGUGUUUCUUGCAAUACCAUCAGAAGAGGAUUGCGGUGUUUGCUGUGUUAUCCCAGCGAGGAGGAACCUUAACGUUUGCCCAAGAUUUGCCUUCCUGACAUAUCCAGGAAAUGACUUUCUACAGGGAAUGGAAAAGAGUAGGGUUUAGAACCUUUUUCAAAAGUAGCAUUACAUCAGAAGGAAUUUGUCUCAAGUGCCAUCAGAUCACAAUGGAAAAACAAAAAAACGUCAACAAUGAAACACUAUACCUCACACACUCAGCAAUACUGCUUGUAGCCAGGAUCAGCCUCUGGCUUGGAUUCGUCAUACAUGGCUCCAUCAUAUGAAAGGGUAACGCACCGUCCACAAUUCCUGUCCUGCACUCUCUGGCCACAUCUACUGUAAAUACGUUCUGUGGACUCUUUUAAUAUCACUUUUGUCAAGAAAGAAAGAAAGACUGGAGCUCUUACCAAAAGAUUUGGAGCUAGCAAAUUGGGAGUACGUGUGUGUAUAUCGGUGUGUUUGCUCUGUACAAACGAAGCUUAAAAACCAGUAUCGUCCUGGCAAGAAACUGACACGUUACUGUUUUAUGUCCUACUUAAUAUUCAGAAUCACUACUGACCAAUUUUUCUGUUGUCCUGUGGUGGAAUUGUAUAGUUCUUAAAGGACAUGUACUGAGUCUUGUAAAAACUUUUAUUUUUUUCUCCAGCGUACGGCAAAAACAUCCUCCUCCAAACUUGCUGUAAAGUUAAGAAGCCUCACUUAAAAAAAAAACCUUUAGCCUGUUAAACAGGAACUGCAAAGCCUGAAAUGAGUUGCCUUGGUGAAGUGGCAGUGUGGAAUAUACUGUAAUUUUUUUUAAAAAAAAUCAUCACUUCCUCUUUCUUUUUAAAAAAAUGCUUUUCAAAACCAGAGAAAACUUGCCUUUUUGUAGAUGUGUAGCAAAACUUUUAAUUUGAAGGUUCUACAUUUUAUCAGAUAAGGGCUUAAAUCUGACUUUUUAAAUAUGAGAAGCAAAAUGGGAUAUCCUUUUAAAAAUCAGAACGGUUGAGAAUGACAUCCUGAGACACUGCCAGGAUGGAAGAUGGAGCCGGGGGCAGGGGGGGGGGAUGAUGAAUAUAGGGAUCUGGAGGGUGUUUUAAUGUAAGCGGGGUUUUUUAUCACUGGUUCUUGGCUGCACCUCCACUUUUCUGUUCUCACUUCACGGGUGUAGACACAAGACUGUAUUCACCGCUUGCUGGCCGCACACAGCUGAACAUGUCCCUUGUGACCCUGUGCUGACUGUCCUUAAAGAGUUCUUGUGCUUAUACUGCCAUUUCUUCCCCAAAUGCCAAACAUCUGGGGAGCAGGAUGACUCAAUGCAAGAGAAGGGACAGGGCUCCUUGAAUCUUUAACAGCUGCAUCAAAGAUGGGACUUCAGGAUUUAUUACACACACAGAUGAGAAAAUCUUAACACCGGUUGAAAUGGAUUCUGCUGUGCAAUUUUCUCUCCCUGUAUUUAAAGAUUCUCAAGCCCCAGCCUCUUAAUUGGAUCUGGUCACCUUAUCAGCGGAGCCAGGAGACCAAGGCAUGGAAAUCUCAAGUGCUGCCUUCGUGCCUCUGACUCUUCCCACAUCCAUUACAACUCUGAACUUUUUUGUUCUUCCCCCAUCCCACUCCUGUUCCUGAGCAUCAAGUCACUGUGAGACUAUUUCCCAUGGGGUAGAGGAGUGGGGUUUGCCUCGUCCCCCUCUAUAGCAAUCCUUAAAAACAAGGUGCAGAGAGAGAGGCUCUCGCGUGUAGGAAACAGUUGGGUGCUGGUGCACCCUAGAUCCGAACUGCUUUUAUGAUGUAUAAAAUAUCUCUGUAGAGGAAAUCAUUGCAUUGUAUAUCUGUCUUCCUAUCAACAAAAUUUUAUGAAAUAAAAUUAUUUUAGGAUUUUUUUUUUA